AUGGGAGUUUACAGAUUGACAAUCAGUUUGAUUCUGUAUACAAAUCUGUCUGUACAUGGAACCUUAAUAUAUACUGCGGUAGAAAAUCUUCACAAAGCUCUUACUAAUAUAUCUAAAGAUAUCAAGCCGAGGGUAGACCAAACUGAUCGGGUAAAUAUUGACGUACUUCUCAGUGUUAAUGCUAUUCAAGAUUAUGAUGAAAUAUCUGGAACUCUGACAUUCACUGCGUCGUUCCUUUUCCAGUGGAAUGACGAAUUUAAAACAUGGGAUAAUAACAAGUAUGAUGGAAUAAUAGCUACUAAACUACCCGUACUGAAAACGUGGAUGCCAGUUUUACAUCUCAGGAAUGGAGUCGACAGUAAUUCGAUAUUUACUUACAGAAAUAAUAUGGAAAUUGAAACAUCGACUGUCACAUAUGCCACAGAUGGAAACGCAAGCUUUGUGAUUAUGGGUAUGUACCAAGUCUCGUGUGAAACAGACGUAACAUAUUAUCCGUUUGAUGAACAUAAAUGUGUUAUUUCUCUUCUAACUUUAGACUUUCUUUCUGAAAUCACACUUACGUCAAUUUUUGGAAUAGAUUUCGGGGUGUCAUCGCCGCAUGCUGAAUGGGCAAUCAAAAAUAAUUCAACUAAAGCAAUAAAAAGAAGCAUUACGAUUCAGGUUGCAGCUUUUACAACAACUCAAGACCAGAUUGAUUUCACUAUUAUCAUUAAAAGAGAGCAUCGUUUUCCGAUUUUGAAUAUCGUUCUGCCAGUAACGAGUCUUAGUAUUGUUCAAACAUUGGUGUUCUUGUUACCUGCAGAGUCUGUUGAUGGAGGAAGCAGUGUACAGAGGGAGAACUUCUAA